AUGGAGGAAAAAGACGCAAGCAUAGAGCUUCUUAGAAAGACGGUAAAAGAGCUUCUGAGCUUUGUGGAAGAGGCAGAUAAAAUGCCGAAAGAAAGCUUUCAAAUGCAGAAGUUUUUUAUAGAUAACAGAAACAGAAUUUCCGAGCUUGGAAGAAUAGUAGUUACAAUGGCCGGAAUGCCCGCUGACUCGCUGGAGGCUCUUAAGUUCGGAAGACUCUUUGUUUCGAACUACAUAUGCAGCAACAUAGUGAGCACACAGUUUUUGACGAGAGUGCUGACAGAUGAAGUGGCAAAAGAAGUGCUCAAGGAGGAAAUUAUUUCAUUCGUUAAAUCACUGACGGUGUAUCUGGAGAAAGAUAAAGAAAAUCUCUUGAUGACGAUACAGAAAGAAAAGGAUCUGCUGCAGAAGCUCAAGGACUCAGAGAAAGCUGCAAAAAGCGAUCCUGAAUGGACAAAGGAAAUAGAGAUUCUUGAAAAAAGAAUAAAAAACAUUUCAAUACUUGUUUUAGAUAAGAAAGCAACAGAAUCCUCUAGAAAGAGAAUAGAAAGGAUAAAAGAACAGAACAAUCCAGACUUUAUAGAGCUAAUGGAAAGUCUAUCCCGGCUUAAGUGCUUCUGCAGUUUUAGGAAAAACAAAAAACCGUCAAAGUACGCCUUGCUAAGGGAGACAACACUGCACAUUCUUGAAACCGAGCAGAUCUGCUAUAUUUCGGUCAUGCCCUUUCUCUGCCAAGAGAACAAGAAAUUCAACAUUGAAAUGUGCUCGCCCACUGGACAAGAUGUAGAGUUCAUUCCAACUGCAAAAAAGUACAUCGAGUAUAUUUUCACAGAGCUUAUGAAAGCAUCGCCAGAAAAUUCAUCGAACACAAUCGAAAUGUGCCUAAAAGAGUACAGAGAAACAGGGACGUAUAAGAGAGAGCACAUACAGGAUGUUCUGCUAGAGCACAGCCCGCCCAGAGCUGCCUCCAUUCAGAAGGCAAUGGAGUCCUUGACCAACACAAUUUUUUACAUAAACAUUGUUCGGUGUAUCUACUUGGUGAUACAUGAUUUUGCGUACCACAGCAUGCUUAAGUACAAAAAAACUGAAAAGAUAGAUCUCUCGCUGAUUUUCCUUCGAGAAAACAAGAAAUAUCACAACAAGCUCAUAAGGCAGUACGUCAGUAAGAUGGAGAAGUCAGAGAAUAUUUCAGAAGAGCCAAAGGAAAAAAACAAGAAGCAUCUUCAAAAUUACUCUUUUUUGGUUGAUAGAGAUGCCAUUUCAAGUAAGUUUCAUCUGGUGCGGGCAAUCUCGCAUGGAAUAUUUACAGAAGAAAACAUCUUGUCUGAAUACUUCAAAGAAUACCACACUCUGAGAAGGUCUGUUUUAAACACCCUUCUAGACAUUCUUUCCAGAAAAAUAUCCAGCCAGGUAUAUGAAGAAAUGCUGGAAAAAAAAGGUAAACACAAAAACGUAAACCAGAUGAAGAAAGAGUCACGGGAGACUCCUAAGGAGCUGUCGGCUCUGGUUCGUCGAAGAAUACUCAGCACUCUGCAAUCAGUAGCAACCAGGUUUAUGAAAACUAAAAGCAUAAAACCGCGAGCAUUCUUAUACUCUAUACAUUCGAACGAGUUUGAGAAAAGAGGGCUUCCUCGAUACCAUAAAGAAAUGUACAUGUUUCUUAUGCUGGCUCUUCCUCUUUUCGCCUUUUCUUCUAGCAUUCUAGGAAAAACACUGCAAUAA